AUGGACACGCUCAAACCAAUGGAAAUGAAGGAGAGUAACAAGGAGAUCCCGGCCGCAGGAGAGGCUGUGGGCCCAGGAGACUUUGAGCUCAAAAAAACCAUAGAAAAAACGGCAAGUUUUGUUGCCAGAAACGGGACUGAGUUUGAGGAAAAGCUCGAUAAAGCCAAGUUUCCUUUCAUUGAUGAGCAAAACGCUCACUAUCCAUAUUAUAAACGAUUCCUGAAAAGCUUCAAAACAACAGAGCAAGAUGAAAUCUCAGAAAGAAGACCCAUAAAUUUACCUACGCCUUCCAUCCCUUAUCCGUUCGUUUUUAGCACAUUCGAUCGGCACAUACCGCGGAGAGAUUUAGAAAUUAUCAAGGUUACUGCACUCUUUUGUGUUGUGAAUGAAGAAACGCGUUACCUGGAAACUUUAAAAGAGCAGUGUAGCAAGAAUGAGCUACUUGCAUUCCUGGAUCCCGACCACGCGUUAAACGCCACUUUUACCCAUUUUAUUAAUCAAUACAAGCAGGUGGCGCGCAAAGACUUUGGGAAGCUUGUUGAGCUUAACGAAGACCGCAAACUCGCAGUUUUGGAGCGAAGCUUCCAGAGAGCAGAGUUUGAAGAAUAUUCACAUAAAAUGGAAGCAGAACAAAAACGAAGCCACGAGCACUUCAAGCUUAAGUUUUCAGCUUACGAUUGGGAAAACUUUGAACUUUUAGGCACCAUCGAUUUCAGAAAUUUAGAUGAAGAGAACUAUUCAGAACCUUUAGAUUUUGACGUGAUACGCCAAAAGUCGCUUCAAAAGAAUCAAGGGACAAAAACUUUUGAGGGUAUCCUUGCACUUUCCUCGCUCCCCCAAAAAGGGACCAACGAAACGGACAAUGGUGAAGCAACAGUUAAAGCAAAGAAGAAGAACAAAAUGAAAAUACGGGCUGCAGGGGAGACCCGACUCAAAAAGAACAAGUCCCAGACACAACGCACCGAAAGCGAAGAAAGACUAAUAGAGUGCCCGAUAACUCAUAGAAUGGUACCGGAAGCUAGUUUCGACAGGCAUAUUCAGGUUCUCCUAAGCGAUCCGAACUAUUCUCGCGAAAGACAGGAGUACGAGGCAAAAAAUAAUAUAACCAACCUGACAUUGGAAAGCGUGCACCAAAACAUUAAACGACUAUCGAAAGCACCGCCGACGCAAGCCGCAAAGAAGCAAAAAUUUUGA